GAUGAGAGUCGGCGAAGGCAAAGCCACCAGCGACAUAGUUGACGGCUCGAACGAGGGGAGUGAAGAGGAGGAAACGGCGCCGAGCGUGUGGAAGCGGAACGUGGUAGAGAGAGAGGAGAAUCAGCCGCUGGACUCUGGAGCGAGUCAGUCGGCUGGGAGCUGAGUGAUCAGCUUGUCUUGUGAACGGUCGUAAAACGUCACGUAUGUCGUUUCUCUGGAGACUGACGGGCUUUCAGCAGAUGUGUAGGUGUGACGAAAAGGCGACGAUUCGCUAGCACGUCGUCGUGACAGUGGGGAGGAGCAGGUGAACGUGGGUGAGGAAGAGGAUACACAAGAGAGUCCAAGGUCGUUAGGAGAGAAAAGAUGUCGGGAAGAAACGAAAUCGGAGCACAAAAUAACGCGUCGAAGGAGAUAGAUAUUGAUAAACCAUAUUGGGAUCAGAGCACUUACCAAGGAAGGGCAUUGCACUUCUUGACGGUAACGAAUCCGCUCAAUGUCUUCGCCACAAGCCAGCAGCUUGAACACGCACGUGUUGUCGUCACGAAAUACAGACAGGGCGAGGGCCUAGAAAAACAAGGAAUCACCGAAGAUGAAUUAUGGAGAUGUAAAUAUCUUUACGAUAGCGCCUACCACCCUGAUACUGGCGAAAAAAUGCUGUUAAUAGGCCGUAUGAGCGCGCAAGUUCCCAUGAACAUGACGAUAACCGGCUGUAUGAUGACAUUUUACAAAUCAACGCCGGCUGUAAUUUUCUGGCAAUGGAUCAAUCAGUCGUUCAACGCCAUAGUGAAUUACACGAACCGUAGUGGUUCGAGUCCAAUUCCAACAGAAACGUUAGCGCAAAGUUACAUCGGCGCUACGGGAGGUGCCGUGAUAACAGCGUUGACCCUGAACCGUCUCGCUCAACGUGGACCACCGCUGGCAGGCCGAUUAGUGCCACUGGCGGCAGUUGCGGCAGCUAAUUGCGUCAACAUCCCUCUCAUGAGAGUCACUGAACUUCAAAAUGGUAUUGAAUUACAAACCGAGGACGGCACAAAAGUCGGCCACAGUAAACGGGCGGCGAAACAGGCGAUUGCAACUGUGACAUUAUCGCGAAUACUUAUGGCCUCUCCAAGCAUGAUAUUGGCGCCGAUAGUAAUGAAUUACCUAGAUCGAAGGAAGCUGUUGCGUAAUGCAAAAUGGGCUGCCGGACCUAUUCAAGUUCUCAUUUGCGGAGUGUGCCUCACUUUCGCGACGCCACUUUGUUGCGCUCUUUUCGCACAACGGGUGCCUAUUUCGAUAAAUCAACUGGAACCCGACAUACGAGAUCAAAUAAGAUCACACGAUACCAAUCUGGAGACCGUAUACUACAAUAAGGGUCUUUAAACGACGGGACAGAGAACAGCGCAGUACUUAUAUUUUUACCGUUCCAAGAACAUGGCCUACUUUUUAAACUCAGGUACACGAGACAUUCCCGAAUAAAACAUUUAAAAGGGCAAAUAUUAUCACAAAUUAUCACUUCCAAUGAUUGCGGAAACGAUUGUUAUUGUUAGUACUUGUAGUUCUAUAAAUAAUCGACGUUCAUGUGUGAUCGUGAGAUAAAAAUUUACAGAAACCAAUGUACUAGAGCGUCUAUUCAAAUCUUGAAAAAGAAAGAAUCUUAACAAAUUCUCUGAUUUUCUUUGUUAAGUUCAAUUUAAAUUUUUAUAUAAAAUUUUUCAAAAAUUUCAUUAAUUUUUUAAAAUAGUGAUGAAAUAUCUUAAUAUUCCCAAGCAAAAAAUCUCUGAGAAUUUUAGAUUUUCCAAAUACUGGACAUGCUGCUUACGAUUCGGAAACAAGCCUCUUACAAUUAGCUAUAUACGUCCAAAAACAAAUGCAUACAUAUCUCUCAAUUUUUGGCCUGUAUACGUAUAACAAAUAUCUUAGAAUUUAAGAGAUCUCUGUUUUUUCUUGUUGAGUGAGAAAAGGUAACGAAGACAAUAAAAUUCAAAGUUGAAUGUUCGAAA